CCUCUUGUUGUCCUCAAAAGAAGAUCUGUGAUCUCCCAAAGAAAUUCCCCAAAUUUUACAAAACUGUCAUCAUUGAGAUUUAACGCCUCAGACACCUGUCGCACAGGUUACCAUUUACUCCAUCAGCAGUCUUCCCAAAUGUUUUAUUUUGUACCUUCGCAACUCUAAUCGUUUCCUGUCGCUUUCCCACCAUUAUAUAACUCUACUGUUAAUUCUUUUAGAUCUCGGUAGCUUAAAUCUGCCGACAGAACCACAGAAAUAAAACUUUGCUUGUGCGACGCAGUAUUGACCGCCUCCAAACGCCGCCUCCUAUCAGCGAUAAUGGAUUUCAGGCUAGAAUUCCCGAGUGAGAUACUGUCCAUUGUUUUUCAAGACCUUGACCCGCAAGACUUGAUCAGUUGCAGUCGCACUUGUUGGCCCUGGAAUGCUGCUGCAAACUCACUCCUCUAUGAAACAAUAUCUUUCUAUUCGCAUGCCAAGCUCCAGCAGUUUGUGGAAUCUAUCAACGAUUCCCAGAACCACCAUGAAAAGUGUGUUGAAAGUAGCAUCAGCAGUCACCAGCCACUCGGACAGCUCGUUAAAUCCGUGGAAAUAAUAACAGGCUAUUCUCAUCAUGAUGAUAUACACAGUUACUCGACGAUGCUUUCUCGACUUGCUUCCAAAACUCCAAACGUCCAUACAUCGAAUCUGGGUCUGCCUAUUUUGUCUUCAGAUACUGAUAGUGGAGUGCCAUUCGAUUGGAGCAACUUGGCCUCACAAUGGUCUAAAUUGACAAGUUUAUCUCUCAAGGGAUCAUUCGGAUAUGAGCUGGAACCAUACGACUUAAACAACAUCAAUGAUGUAUUCAUUAGGCUACAACAUCUCAAUAUCACUCGCUGCGAAGAUAUUCUUACCCACAUGUUGCCAUCACUGCCUACCAUGCCAUAUUUACAAUCGUUCACGGCCACUGUCUACCAUACAAGCGAUUACCAAGCGUUAAAGAAGAUAUUGCAAAACUGUCAAAACACUCUACACACAUUGAUCAUAGAUUUUCAUAGCUAUCUACGACCUCUUUCAGUCAAUCUGGAUGAUUUUAAAAUAGGUCGCAAACAGUUGAAAGCAUUCGGACUCAUGAAGUAUGAUGAUUCGCAAAUUAACAUCACUAACUUCGGAGACAGCCUGGAGCACCUUGAAUGGUGGGUCUACAGCAAGGAAACUGACGAAACAUUGGACCAGUCAAUACAUCAAGCCAUGAUUAAGACAAGCACCCUCAAGACCUUAUCCUUCGCUGGAAACAUGGCUCUCGAUCAUAUUCCUUUUGUUUUAGACGCCAACAAAAACAGCUUGCAUACUUUCUAUCUCGAUCAUAUGGAAGGCAAUGAUCUAAUCGCACGCUUACAAGCGAGCAAUGUGCGACUCUAUAACAUCACUACCCUUUGUAUUGAAUGCAUGUUUCUCGAAAAUGCAGAUGUACGCUCACUAGCCGAGAUAUUUCCCAAUGUGGAGUUCCUAGCACUGUGCAGAAACAGGCGGUCGCGCGAGAUGACAAGGAGCAUAUCGAGUGGAAGCAAGCGAACAAUAUGGAGAUUGGAAAGGGGGGAAGAAUGGAUUGCCACGGAUGCUCUAUCUCAUUUUCAACAUUUGAAAGCUCUUGACAAAAUCACCUUUCCGGAACUUAUAGAUCAAAGCUUAUCCACUUAUCAACAAUGCGUGAUCUUAAGGCCCAAACAUAAGGGGCAACCUAGCGUGAUUCCCUUGUAGGGACCGGGAAGUAGUUACAGGUCUCUACUAUAAUUCUUUGUACAUAGAAUGGAAUGAAUAAAUAAUGUAAAUUGUAACUGUAAAUUUUAUCUUCACCUAAUGCAAAGAUGCAGAGAUUGGGCUGUCGUGUGCUUCAAUUUUU